AUGAUUCAACUUCAAACACUUAUCAAGGAAGUGGAAACCGUUGUUAAUUCGAGACCCUUAGUUUACGAAGAAAAUGAUUUAUCUUCUAACAUCACUUUGACACCUGGGCAUUUUUUAACUUUAAAUCCAAACACCGGUGUACCAGACUUAGAAGACGACGAUGGUGAUGAAAACUAUUUACCUGUCGAAAGUUCAACUGAAAAACUGUUAAAGAUUUGGAAAAAAGGACAAAGAUUACUGAAUGAGUUCUGGAAAAUUUGGCGUGAUCAGUACCUUGUGAGUUUAAGAGAGCGCCUUCAGACUCAAUUAAAAUCAGGACGGAUUAAUGCCAAAAUAAUACCGAGUAUGGGUGAUGUUGUGCAAAUAAAGGAAAACUUACCUAGAGGAAGUUGGAAAAUUGGUCGCAUUGUGGAGUUAGUGACUAGUAAUGAUGGAGAAAUUCGAUCUGCUAAAGUACAGCUACCUCCGAAGAGACUGAUAGGCAGACCUUUAAACUUACUUUAUCUUCUUGAAUGUGAUAAAAAUCUCACAUUUAUUGAUGACAAAGGGGAUACGAACAGUGAGAAAAGUGAAAAGAAACCAGAUAAAGUCGUGCUAUACUUAAAGGAUUUUAAACCUAGCAAAGCCUUUAUACAAAAGAUCAGUACAGUUGCCUAUAACAAUAUAGGUGCGGACAUGUAG